AGUGUCUUUUGUGCUAAAAUAAAUGAAAAGAAAAAGCAAUUAUGAAAUGCAGGUAUUUAAAAUCUACUCAUCUUUCACAACUUAAUUUCACAACUCUCACGAACAAUGGAAAAUCGUUUGCUCUUCUUCAUCAUGUUUAGCUUCAUCAUGAUCUUCGUCACAUGUUGCUCUGUGACAACAGAACAAGCUCUGAAUGCAUCUUUCACUUCCUCUGGAGUGAGAUGCCUCCCCCAUAUAAGCUCUGCUUUGUUGCAACUAAAGCAAGAGUUUGUCUUUAAAAAGGCCAAUUACACUGAUUAUUAUUCUCCAAUUCCAUCCAAUGAGACCCUUUCUUACCCGAAGAUGAGGUUUUGGAAGGAAGGAAAGGACUGCUGUGAGUGGGAUGGUGUCACGUGUAGCAGCAAAACAGGACAAGUAAUAGGGCUCGAUCUAAGUUUAAGUUGGCUUCAAGGGCAUUUCAGUUCCAAUAGCAGCCUCUUUAGCUUACGUCAACUUCAACGGCUCAACCUUGCCUACAACAACUUCACUCUUUCCAAUAUGCCAUCAAGCUUUGCUCAGCUUUCGAGGUUAACCCAUCUCAACCUCUCUUACUCCUUUUUUUCUGGUCAAGUCCCUUCUGAAAUCGUUUUGUUGUCUAAUUUGAUGUCUCUUGAUCUCUCUUCUAAUUUUUACUAUGAUUAUGAUCGUGAGAUGGAUAUUAGACUUUUAUAUAGCCCAACGGUGACAUUUGCUCAAAACAUGACAAAAUUAAGAGAACUUCAUCUGAACAAUGUGAAUCUUUCUUCACUACUACCCAAAUCUAUGGCUAACCUAUCCUCCUUGACAUCUCUAUCUCUUAGUGAUUGCAAUCUGUAUGGUGAAUUUUUGCAAAACAUUUUUCAUCUACCUAAUAUUCAAGUCAUCGAUGUGUCGUUCAAUAGAAACCUCAAUGGAAUAUUACCAUAUUCCAUUGGCAAUCUCAAGUUCUUAAGUGUUUUAGAUCUUUCAUCCUGUAAUUUUUCAGGGUCCAUUCCAUCUCCAGUUAAGAAUUUAUCACAUCUUUCAUCACUUGAAUUAAGUUCCAACAAUUUUGAUGGUCAACUUCCACCAGCUUUGUUCACAAUGCCUUCCUUACAAUCUCUAAGUCUUUUCUAUAAUCAGUUUACAGGCCCUCUAACCAUUCCAUCUUCAGUUAAGAAUUUAUCACAUCUUUCAUCGCUUGAAUUAAGUUCCAACAAUUUUGAUGGUCAACUUCCACCAGCUUUGUUCAUAAUGCCUUCCCUACAAUCUCUAAGUGUUUCUUCUAAUCAGUUUACAGGCCCUCUAACUAUUCCAUCUUCAGUUAAUAAUUUAUCACAUCUUUCAUCGCUCGACCUACGUUCCAACAAUUUUGAUGGUCAACUUCCACCAGCUUUGUUCAUAAUGCCUUCCUUACAAUCUCUAAGUCUUUUGUAUAAUCAGUUUACAGGCCCUCUAACCAUUCCAUCUUCAGUUAAGAAUAUGUCACGUCUCCUAAGUCUUGACCUAAGUUUCAACAAUUUUGAUGGUCAAUUUCCACCAGCUUUGUUCAUAAUGGCUUCCUUACAAUCUCUAAGUGUUUCUUAUAAUCAGUUUACAAGCCCCCUAACCAUUCCAUCUUCAGUUAAGAAUUUAUCACAUCUCUCAAGUCUUGACCUAAGUUCCAACAACUUUGAUGGCCAACUUCCACCAGCUUUGUUCAUAAUGCCUUCUCUAAAGUAUCUAAGGCUUGACAAUAAUCACUUUAAUGGCCCUCUAACCAUCCCAAAUGUCUCGUUAUCAUCCAAAUUAACAUACCUUAAUUUGGAUUGGAACAAGCUAACCGGAAAAAUUCCAAGGUCAAUUUUUGAAAUGCGAAAACUUGAAGCUUUGAACCUUACGGACAAUAACUUAAGUGGAAUUAUAGAGAUAAGCAUGUUCUCAAAGUUGAGUCAGCUUCGAAGUCUUUUUCUUUCACGUAAUAGUCUAGUUGUAGUGGAAAACACAACAACAAAUUCCACUCUAAUCUUCAAACUUAAUUAUUUGGGUUUGGCUUCAUGCAACAUUACAGAAUUUCCCAAGUUCCUAAAAACCCAAAAUGAGCUACAAGUAUUGGAUCUUUCCACCAACAAAAUUGAAGGCAAGAUCCCCAAAUGGUUCUUCACUAUAGGAGCAGAGACCUUGGAGAUAUUAUAUUUGUAUAAAAAUUUCAUCACCGGUUGGCAACAAGUGCCGAAAGUGCUUCCGUGGAAAGCGUUGUCGAUUCUUGUCUUAAGCCACAACAUGUUUCGAGACACAUUACCAGCUCCACCAUUUUCUGUAAGGGGGUUUUACAUUUCGAAUAACAACAUUAGUGGGAAAAUUCAUCCAUUGUUUUGUAACUUGACUAAUUUGGAAUAUCUCGAUAUGUCCAAUAACAACUUAAGCGGUGAGAUUCUUCCAUGUUUGGGUUCCAUUAACUCCCUUGAUCAGUUGAUAUUGGCUAGCAACAAAUUUGAGGGAACUAUCCCAUCAUCUUUUGGGAAUUUGACUUCGCUUUAUCUUUUGGACCUCUCUAAAAAUAGGCUCUCUGGUAGAAUUCCUCGAAUGGGAAACAAAUCAUUGUUCUGCAAUUUAAGAAAUCUUGGCGUUCUUGAUGUCUCAAAUAAUCAAUUAAGCGGCUCUAUUCCACAAUGCUUGGGAAGUUUCAGCCAUGCUCUUCAAGUGUUGAUUAUGAAAGAGAACAAUUUUAGUGGAGAAAUGCCUCAAACAUUUCUGGAUGGAAACAGUCUAAUUACUCUCGACCUCAGUCAUAAUCAAUUAGAAGGAAUGGUUCCACAAUCUUUAACCAAUUGCAAUGCAUUGGAAAUUCUAAAUCUCGGAUACAAUCAACUAUCUAACACUUUCCCCUUUUGGUUACAAAAUUUGGCAAGUUUGCAAGUUCUUGUGCUGCGUUCCAACAAAUUUCAUGGUCCAAUAUGGGAUCCCAAGAAGUUUAUGGGCUUUGAGAAACUACUGAUUGUCGACCUCUCUUUCAAUAAGUUCAAUGGAACAUUGUCAUCGGAUUACUUUGCCAAUUGGAGUGCCAUUAAUACACACAAUAAUAAUGUCGUUAAGUCAAAGCCGGAGUACAUCGACGGAAGCUACUAUGAGUCGAUAACUGUGACUAAUAAAGGCUUUGAAAUGGAAUAUGUCAGGAUCUUAACCAUCUUCACCUGUAUCGAUCUCUCAAACAAUAAUUUUCAUGGCAAAAUUCCAAAAUCUGUUGGGGAUCUCCAAUCAUUGAUUGUGCUGAAUCUAUCGAGUAACAAUUUUGAAGGCCACAUUCCACAAUCGUUUGGGAAUCUGAAAGAAAUUGAAUCAUUGGAUCUCUCCAACAACAAGCUCUCUGGAAGAAUACCUCAGGAAUUGGCAGCUCUCACAUUUCUCGAGUAUCUCAACCUUAGUAAUAACCAACUUACGGGGCCGAUACCACAAGGUGGACAGAUUAGUACAUUUCUGAAUUCUUCAUUUUAUGGAAAUGAAGAAUUAUGUGGCUUUCCAUUAUCAAAGGAAUGUGAUAGCAGUGAUGAGUCUCCAAGUACACUUGAACAUGAAUCUGAAUUUGAGAGUGGUUUUGGUUGGAAAGCAGUGCUUGUGGGAUAUGGAUGUGGCUUUCUUGGUGGACUGUUGGGUGGAUAUUUCUUCAUUUCGAAGAUAUAAAACAGAAUUACUGAUUUCUUAUGCAUGAUGCAGAGUGAAUGAUGGGAGUUUCACAUAGGAAUGAUGAUAUUAUAUGAUUGACUCCCAAAAAUCUCAACAGAAAUGAGACAAUGCCAGCUUUCGACAUUGUGACACACAUAUAUACUUGUGUGUAUAUAUAUAUAUAUCAGCUUUGUUUAAUUUGGUUGAUCUGACUCUUUGUUGCCAUUAUUAUGUUAGAGUGUUUAAUUUGUGAGAAUUUCAGUGUUGCAAUUAAUCUUUCUCUUUUGUUUAUCUUUGUUAAAGUAUGUAACUUCCUUUUAUUGCAGCAAACAUUAUUCCUUUUACUAAAUUAUUUUUAGUACUUUUUUUGUUUAAGAA